AACACACAACACGAUAAAACACUUUUGGCUCAUUAACCUCACGCACACACUCGCACACGCACACUCACACGCACGCAUACGCUUAUACGCACACAAGUGAAACGAACCACAGAGGUUGCCCAAUGAGCGGGAAGGAGACGGGGCUAUGCAGCCACUAAUGAAGCCAAACGUAAAUGCUGUUCAGGCCCAAAAAUAUGUGUGCCUGAUUAAUGCGAAUGCUGAGCUUUCUUGCACAGAAGUUUACGCGCUUCCUGAGGGACACUCACGUCGGCACUUGUAUCGGGCGGCACUGGCGAGAGCUGUCAGUGUGUGAACGAGAGCACUGGCAAAGGGAGACUGAAGCCGAAGUCUACGCGCGCCUCCGACUUGCCGAGUCGGGAGCGGCCCAAAUGGGGCGUGUGCAAAAGAAACGGCAGAAAAUGACGCACGCGACAGCAGAGCACAAAAACAAGAAAGUUAAAGAUGAAAUUGGACCAAGGCUCACAAAAUAUUUGAGACUCAGUAUAAGUUCUAUUAUAAAUUAGCUGCUAAUAAAUUCAGGAUCUCCAUUUCU